GCACUGCUGGGCUGCCUUCUCAACUCAAUUGAAGGAACACGUCAGUGACUUUCUAGAAAACUAAGAUCUUUUUCAAAUUCAAGUUCUUGAGCUAUUUAUGCUAAAAGAUAAUAAUAUCUUCAAUUAAAAUAGUAACUUCCACUAUAACAUAAUUGAAGAGGUGACCUAUUGAAUUCUCAAAAAAAAAAGGAAGAAGCCGGUUACUCGCCGAGUAUCGACAAAAGAUGGCAAAGAUGCAAUUAAUGCCGUCUUAUGGCCUUCGUGCUAUUGCCAUAUUGGCCAUCACUUUAUGCAGCCUUCAAAUGACCAAUUCGGCUGCUGUGAUGUCUGUAGAUUUGGGCAGUGAAUGGAUGAAAGUGGGAGUAGUUUCACCAGGUGUUCCAAUGGAAAUCGCUCUUAAUAAGGAAUCUAAAAGGAAAUCACCAGCGGUUUUGGCCUUCAGGGAUGGUGUUCGAUCGUUUGGUGAAGAUGCACAAACAGUCGGUGUAAAGGAACCAGCAAGUGCUUAUGCAUAUUUGUUGGAUCUUUUGGGCAAACAAAUUGAUAAUCCAAUUGUCGAAUUAUACCGAAAACGUUUCCCUUACUAUGAAAUUGUUGGCGAUGAAGAACGCAACACUGUGCUUUUCAAAAAAGGCGAUGAAUACUUUUCGGUUGAGGAAUUAGUUGCACAAAUACUCGUAAAAGCUAAAGAAUUUGCUGAAGACUCCACCAGUCAGAUUAUCACUGAAUGUGUCCUCAUAGUACCAGGAUUCUUCGGUCAAGCCGAACGUAAUGCCUUGCUUUCUGCCGCACAACUCGCCAACUUAAAGGUUCUGCAAUUAAUCAACGAUUAUACAGCUGUUGCUCUAAACUAUGGAGUAUUCCAUCGGGCAGAAAUUAACGAAACCGCUCAAUAUUUCGUUUUCUACGAUAUGGGAGCACAGAAGACAUCAGCAGCUGUUGUAAGCUAUCAAUUGGUUAAGGACAAGCAAACCAAGGAAACCAAUCCAGUGAUACAAGUUCUCGGAGUUGGCUAUGAUCGUACUCUUGGUGGAUUAGAAGCUCAGCUUAGGUUGCGUGAUUAUUUGGCUAAAGAGUUUAACAGUUUGGGUAAGACUAAAACCGAUGUGACCAAGAACAAUCGAGCAAUGGCUAAGUUGUUCAAAGAAGCUGCACGACUAAAAAAUGUCCUCAGUGCCAACAUGGAUCAUUAUGCUCAAAUUGAAAAUUUAAUUGAAGACCAUGACUUUAAACUUCAGGUCACAAGAGAGGUGUUCGAAGAACUCUGUGCUGAUAUCUGGCCCCGGAGUAUUGAACCUUUGCAGCAGGCUAUAAAAUCAUCGGGCUUGUCGUUGGAUAUGAUUAAGCAGGUUAUUUUGUUUGGCGGUGGUACUCGUGUGCCAAAAGUGCAGGAAAUUUUGAAAGAUUAUUUGAAACAGGACUUGGGCAAGAGUUUGAACGCAGACGAAGCAGCUACAAUGGGAGCAGUAUACAAAGCGGCUGAUUUAGCAACUGGCUUUAAAGUGAAGAAGUUUUUGUUAAAGGAUGCCGUCAUUCUACCCAUUCAUGUGUCUUUCGAGCGUGAUCCAGGUGAUGGAGCUAGUGUUCGUCAAGUUAAGAGAGUUCUUUUCGGGCCAAUGAGUUCGUAUCCACAGAAAAAGGUCAUAACUUUCAACAAACACACAAGCGACUUUGAGUUCUUUGCCCACUAUGGUGAUUUGAAUCAUCUCAGCGCCGAGGAAGUGUCUUACGUUGGAUCAUUGAAUUUGACAAAGGUGAAACUUGUCAAUGUCAAGGAAACUUUGGAGAAAAACUCAAAUGAAAUCGUCGAUUCAAAGGGCAUCAAGUCCUACUUUAUGUUGGACGAUUCUGGAUUAUUUAGUUCAACUGGAGUCGAGUUUGUCUAUGAGAAACAAAAGUCGGAAAAGGAUGAUGCAGAUAUUGAAGGCACCUUAGCCAAGUUGGGUAGCACAAUAAGUAAACUUUUCUCAAACAGUGAUGAUGAUUCCAAGGUUGAUGAUGACAAUUCAAAACCCGAAAAACCUGAGGGCGAAAAACCAUCCGAAACCGAAAAGGAACAAAAAGCAAAAGAAGAUAAUUCUACAAAAAAAGAAGACAAUAAGACUGAGGAAAAAGUUCCGAAAAACAACACAUUAAAGAUUGUAACUACCAAGGAGCCAAUCGAAUAUGAGCUAACUCUACAAUACACCAAACCUCUGGAAGGUGAUGGAUUUGAAAAUUCCCUUAAGAAACUAACAGCUAUCAAUAAAGUUGAAAGCGAACGUGUGCGUUUGGAGUCGGCUUUCAAUGCUCUCGAAUCGCAUGUUAUUGAAACACAAGAGAAGCUUUCAAGGAGCGAAUACUCAAAUUGCGCUACCGAGGAAGAGAUGGCUAAGAUACUAGAAGAGUGCUCAUUUAUCUCUGAAUGGCUAUACGAAGAUGGUGCUGACGCUGAUGCAAAUACGUACGAGAAUAAACUCACUGAAUUGAAGAAAUUAACCAAUGUUGUCCUUGGGCGUCAUUGGGAGCACGAAGAACGGCCCGAAGCUCUAAAGGCCUUGAAUGGCCUCAUAGAUGGUGCCAAAGGAUUUUUAGAAAAGGCCAAGAACUUAACAAAAGCAGUAAAUCCUGAGAGAGAUAUCUUUACCGAAGUUGAAGUGACUACAUUGUCUAAGAUUAUAGAAGAGACAUCCAGUUGGCGUACAAAGGAGGUAGCAGCUCAGAAAAAACUCAAACGCAAUCAAGAACUGCGGCUAACUGUCAAGGAUAUCACAGACAAAAUGGCUCUACUCGAUCGCGAAGUACAGUACUUAGUGAAUAAGAUUAAGAUCUGGAAACCAAAAGUUAAGCCCACCGUAACUGAGAAUAAAACAAAAUCAGAUUCAGAAGCAGGAGCAGAAGCGGAAGAAGAAGAACCCCAAGAAGCUAAAGAAGAAGGAGAAGGGCAAGAAGAGCCAGAAUUAGCCGAAGAAAAUAUUGAACCACCUCCCGCUAAAGAAGAUGCUAAAAAAGUUAAUGAUGAGGAAGCUUCACACGCCGAGCUGUAAACAAAAUCGGAAUUAGGAUGUAAACUAGAUGAUAAUUACAUAUAAUAAAAACAAAGUGACGUAUUUAAUCCAAUUUUUUUGUCAUCCUUUUUGAAGAAAAAUCUUUCCAUUCCGUUUGAACUAUAUUUUUAUACUCGAUGAAAUUUUAUGAACCAACAAAAAUAUUUCAAUAAAAUUUCAGUUUUCUGGGCGUAAAAUACAUAGUUUCAAAACAGCAUUCUAAGUUAAUUUUUUGUACAUUGUGUGUAAGUCUGAAGACAUUUUCUUAAGUUAUUUUUAAAUAAUAAUAAAAAACACGUAUUUAAACGGAAAACUGUA